AUGCCGAAACCAUCGAAAAAGUUGUUCAAGCAGACGCCUUUUUUGGUGAAAGUGCUCUUAUUCCUCGCCAAGUUCGGGGUGAACAUAAACCGUCCUCCGCCUCCUUUGCGAGCGAUCGCGCUUUUCGUCUCCGCGUUUACGCUCGUUUUACUUCUCACGUUUACGCAGCGUAACGCAUCAUUUUUUACUUUAAACGGAGAAAAACCGGAUCGACGCGCCAUAAGGUGCGCGAGGACGUUUCCACAAGUCGCGAGUCACCAGUUGUUGACCGCACAACCGCGCGUGACAUCCGGGGGAAAAGACGCUUUGGAUUACUUGAGGGAUGGAUUUGAAGUGAAAAACUACGAUAUCGGUGCGGUAUCGCGUGCUUUGCUUUCCUCUUCUUUUCGUCGUUUCGUCUCGGUAUACGUUCUCACGAGUCGGUUUCUUCUCCUCUUGGAUGCGCUCAUCGUGUGUGGGUGUGUAUUUCCUCUUAAAUACUCGGUGGAUCGAUCGAGCGCGUUCGUUUACACGUCCGAGACAACAUACGCGGUGCAGUUGAAAGACGGCGCUUUAUUAGCGGCGCAUCCGCAGAGACUGUUCGAUAGGAUUCAAAAAGACGCGAAAGAGGUGACUUUGAAAGAGGCGCGAGCGUUAGGGGCGGACGAGCGGUCGUUUGUUUCGUUGAAAUAUUUGAUCGAGCACUUCGCGACGUCGACGGUUUUACAGAGAAAGACUGGAUCAUCAUCGCCGGUAGGAUGGAAAGGCGUGUCUAGGAAAACGACGUGGUUGGCGCAAGAGUUCGGGAAGAACGUUGGUGGUAUGAGUAGCAACGCGAAGCGACCUGUCGGCAUCGACGGGAUGUUCUUCGGCGUGGAUUUAAAAGGCGACGCGUUGAACGUAGAGAACGUGGUGUUGGUGAACGAAUACGCGAAGAAAGCGAACGUGGUGGACGCGGUGAGUUAUUACGUCACUGACCCAGAAAGUGACGCGAGUAAAAACAUACAAAAAGCGUUGGAGAGUUCGUUUCCAAAGAGCGAAGAUAGAAUUAAAACGACGUGGGCGUUGAGAGACGUGGACGCCUCUCACUGGGAGACGGAGAAGUUCACCAAAGAGAAUUUGGAGAGGAUGAAAAUUCACGGGUUGUUACCGAGCGCGAAAUUCGACGAGAGUUGGUAUUCGAAAGUGGUGAAAGAGAGCAACGCGUGGGUGGAGAGUUGGGUGGCGGACGAUUUAGAGACGGCGUUGGAGUUGCGGAAGAAAGGCGCGCACGCGAUGAUUACAAACGUGCCGGAAAGCUUGAUUGAGGGAAUCAAACAGUUUUGCAUGAAUGGCGAGAAUUUCGACAAGGCGAUAGCAGCGUUAGCAAAAAUGCGAACUUAG